AUGACUUCUCUCAUGCCCACCUACAUCUUCGUCCUAGACCAAGGCUCUCGUUCUUCGCCACCUCUCAUCGACGGCUUCCAUCACGGUAUUGUCAUCGAUCAUCAUCACGCACUGACAAACGACCACCCAAAGGAUGCGUUGCAUGUCACAGCCUGCGACUCCCCUCCAGUGGCGACAAGCUCUCUACUCACGUACCUCAUCUGUCGAAGUCUCGACGAGAGCGUGCGAGAAGCUUGCGACUGGCUUUGCGUCAUGGGUACCCAUGGAGACUUGGGGAAUACCUUGAAGUGGGAGCCUCCGUUUCCCGACAUGAAGUCCACGUUCAAAACAUACACCAAAAAGGCUCUCAACGACGCCGUAUCACUCAUCAAUGCCCCGAGACGAACAGCCUCGUAUGACGUUCCUUCUGCUUGGAAAGCCCUCCGUGCCUCGAAUUCUCCAAAAGAGCUGCUGAGCAACAAGUCCCUGCUGGCCGCCAGAGCAGAGGUUAACGCCGAAGUCGAGCGCUGCACCCACACGCCCCCCAAGUUUUCCGCCGACGGCCGCAUCGCCGUCUUCCGCAUCAGCUCAGAGGCCCAAGUCCACCCCGUCAUCGCCACACGCUGGGCGGGACAUCUGUCCUCAUCCAAGCUCGAGGUUGUGUUGGUUGCCAACGAAGGAUAUCUGCCCGAUAUGGUCAACUUUUCAUGUCGUGUUCCGCGCUGUGCCCGAGCCAAGGAGCCGCCAGUCAACAUCAUUGAGGUUUUGCGGGAUGUCGCUGCUCGCGCCGAGGACACGACUUUGAGGGAGCGGCUAGGCGACUCAUUUGCCAGAGGCCAUAAGGAAGCUAGCGGCGGCAUUGUUCCAAAAGCCGAGUUCGAGGAGUUGAUGUCUGUCCUGGAGAUUGGCAAGAAAGUUGAACGAGAAUCCCCCAAAAAGGGGCAGAAGCCAGGGCAGUCGAAUACCUUGUUGAACUAUUUUGGAAAGAGUUAG